GGUGUGGUCUUCAGGAGUCCCGUUAGCAGGAAACCGAGCUGGAGCCAUUUCACUUUUAAGGCGAAACAAAGAAAGUCAAGCGAAAAAGUAACGUUUUGUGUCCUCGCGACGGGCAGAGCGGUUUGUUUUGAUGGGAGAAAGUUUUCUGCUGGUCUCGUUAGCUGCUCGUCUGAUUUAAUAACUUUUUUUUUGUUGAAUAAAUCCUGAACCGAGGAAAGAUGCCGAAGACGAUAAGUGUAAGAGUCACCACGAUGGAUGCUGAACUGGAAUUUGCCAUUCAGCCAAAUACAACAGGAAAGCAGCUCUUUGACCAGGUGGUUAAGACCAUCGGGCUGAGAGAGGUUUGGUACUUUGGACUCCAAUACCAGGAUACAAAGGGUUUCUCCACAUGGCUCAAGCUCAACAAGAAGGUGACAGCCCAGGAUGUGAGGAAGGAAAGCCCGCUGCUGUUUAAGUUCCGCGCCAAGUUCUUCCCGGAGGAUGUGACCGAGGAGUUAAUCCAGGACGCCACGCAGCGGCUGUUCUUCCUGCAGGUGAAGGAGGGAAUCUUAAACGACGACAUCUACUGCCCUCCCGAGACGGCGGUCCUCCUGGCCUCCUACGCCGUGCAGGCCAAGUAUGCCGACUACAACAAGGACGUCAACGCGCCAGGCUAUCUGUCCGGUGAACAGCUGCUCCCUCAGAGAGUUCUGGACCAGCACAAACUCAACAAGGACCAGUGGGAGGAGAGGAUCCAAGUGUGGCACGAAGAACACAAGAGCAUGAUGAGAGAGGAGUCCAUGAUGGAGUAUUUGAAGAUCGCUCAAGAUCUGGAAAUGUACGGAGUCAAUUACUUCAACAUCAAGAACAAGAAAGGAACAGAGCUGUUUUUGGGAGUGGACGCUCUGGGGCUCAACAUCUAUGAACAAAAUGACAAAAUGACUCCCAAAAUUGGAUUCCCUUGGAGUGAAAUCCGGAACAUUUCCUUUAAUGACAAGAAGUUUGUCAUAAAACCAAUUGACAAGAAAGCCCCCGACUUUGUGUUCUACGCUCCGAGACUGCGCAUCAACAAGCGUAUUCUGGCUCUUUGCAUGGGUAACCACGAGCUGUACAUCCGCCGCCGCAAACCCGACACCAUCGAAGUGCAGCAGAUGAAGGCUCAGGCUCGGGAGGAGAAGAAUCACAAGAAGAUGGAGAGAGCUCUGUUGGAGAACGAAAAGAGGAAAAGGGAAGUUGCAGAAAAAGAAAAGGAGAAGAUUGAAUGCGAAAAGGAAGAAUUAAUGGCGAGGUUAAAGCAGAUCGAGGAGCAGACGAAAAAAGCCCAACAAGAGCUGGAGGAGCAGACGCAGAGGGCUCUGGAGUUGGAGCUGGAGAGGAAGAGAGCUCAGGAGGAGGCUGAGCGUCUGGAGGCUGACCUGAAGGGAGCUGAGGACGCCAAGCAGGCGCUGCUGCAGCAGUCAGAGAGCCAGAUGAAGAACCAAGAACACCUGGCGACCGAGUUGGCUGAUUUGACUUCCAAGAUUUCCCUUCUGGAGGAUGCGAAGAAGAAGAAGGAGGAGGAAGCAGUGCAGUGGCAGGAGAAGGCCACCACGGUGCAGGAGGACCUGGAGAAGACCAAAGAGGAGCUCCGAAACAAGGUGAUGGUGGCUCACGUCCAGGAGCCGCUCAACGAGCACGAUGAGAACGACGAGAGCAGCGCCGAGGCCAGCGCCGAGUUUGCGUCGGACGUCACGUUCAAGGACCGCAGCGAGGAGGAGCGCAUGACCGAGGCGGAGAAGAACGAGCGCCUGCAGAAACAUCUACUCGCGUUGAGCUCCGAGUUGGCCAACGCUCGUGAUGAGAGCAAGAAAACGGUGAACGACAUGAUCCAUGCGGAGAACAUGAAGGCGGGACGAGAUAAGUACAAGACCCUGAGACAGAUCCGGUCAGGAAACACCAAACAGCGCAUUGACGAGUUCGAGUGCAUGUGAUGUCUGCACACCCUGAUGCAAAAAAAGAGAGGAAAAACAAAAGCCCACACAGCUGGGCCUCUCUGCCUGGACUGCAGUCCUGCCUCACGCAAGCCGUCUCCUCUGCACCCAAACAAAUCAGAUCCACAACAUGGUUGCACAAGCACAGCACGAUGUACAGAUAUGGAUCUGGAAAAACACCAUUUGUUAUCAUUCCUAACUUUGAAUUUAGGCAAGUUACUGUUUGAAAAGGGACAGACUGUAUUUUAUUAGUUUCAUUCCUCAUGGGGGCUUUGUGUAGCAUAUUAGUAUUGGGCUCACGCCUCGUUUCAUGAAACAUUGAGCAAGCUUUUUUUAAUUUCUUUAUAUAUUUCUGUCAUGUUUUUGUAUCAUGAUUUCAAAAUAAAAGACUCCGACCAAAUUUCCCAUUGAAGACUGUGCCUGCAGACAUUUCUGCUGGUCACAUGCAACGGUUCUUCUCAGCGAUCUGGACGUUAACAUUUGUCCCAUCGUUGUUGAACCAAAUGUUCCGUCAUCUAUCCAUGAAGAGCAUUUACAAAGCAGUAUUACUUUUUUUUUGCAAAGUCGAUUUUAGUUGACUUAUUGAUUUAUUAUUAUUGAGUAUUCCGAAUCUACCUACUGUUACAAAUCAUUCAGUAUUUACACCCUACUCUGCGAUAUUAAAGAUGCAUUUUUGUCUGAUUUUUAAAUUUCUGAAAGUGUUCAACUCAGUUGAAGGCUUUAGUGUAAGUGUUGUGUUAUUCAGUGCCAUCAUCUAGUCAAUUCAGCAUUCAAUAAAAAGAGAAACCUGAUAUUUGAAGUUUAUUUUACUGUACCGUAAGAGUUUGACCCUAGUGUUAUUCCUAUGCUUUCGUUUUUGGAGUCUGCUUUUUCACGAGGAGCCUGUUGGAUAAUCAGUACAUACAGUUUUUUGCAUUGAUAUGGAAUCACACUAGUUGUCACACCACAGGUUAAAAGUUGCAGUUUAAACUUACAUUCUCGCUCAUUUGUUUCAUUCACAGAUGAGAACUUUCCUUCUACAAAAUCAUCAUAGGAUUUAAUGCGUGGAAUAGAAUAAUUUCCUUAAACAUGCACUGGAAAACCAUAGUUUACCUUUUCAAAAUGAGUCAAGACAGACUCACUGUCUCCAAUGCAUGUGUUUUGGAUAACUAUGUAUUUAAUUUUGUGAUUUGGAUUUUUUUGCAGUGUUAGAACUCUGUAAGGUGGGAAAACUAACACCACUGAGGAUAUUUUUGUACUAUAAAAUCUAGACUUACGGUUUUUUUUUUUUUCAGAACAAACAUUUAAAAAGAAUUCCAAAGUAUUUUGGUGUUAACUGAUAGUUUGGCUCAGUGCUGUGAUAGUUGAAUGAAAAAAUCCGGACGCGACGGGAAGUUCUGUUCAUUGCAGGCAAAAUACCAUGAAAAGACAUUUGAACCAAGCCAAAACAUUUAGCCUGAAAGUGAACAAAACUUCCUUGUGUCGUCUGUUCCGUUUGACAUUUUGUCAUCCAGGCAUGUGGAGGCUUUUGCUUGUUUUCAGAUUGUUCGACUUGGUUUGAAAACUUUAUGGAUGCUAUUCAGCAAAUUUAGACUUUUUAAAUAGUAUUUAGUUUUUUCUCUUAUUGAAUGAACAUUAGUCAUUUGUACCUAGAUGCAUUUUGAUAUCCCGUAUUCUCCCCCAUUGCUGCGUUGAGUUCUUUAUCCAUGAAAUGUCAAAAUGCAGUUGUAGCUAUUUUGGAUACUUUUUCAUGCCUUUGACGAUAACUUUUAUAAUGCUGCCCUGUACUGUUUGUUCUACCUGAGGCGCCGUGAGUUGACAACCUUUUUUAAAGAAUCGAGUGCCAUUUGACGUUGCCACUCAAUAUUUAGUUUUGAUUCAAAAAGGGUUGAAGUGUGAUAUUGUAAAUUGACAGACAGUGCCUUGCCCAGAUUUCCCAUCAGAUGUCGCUGCUUCAAGUCCUCCUUUCACCAAUGAAUAAAAGUCAAAUUAAACUGA